GCCGGAGAAAGGGAGGGACAAAGGCAGAAACAAAGACGGCAGGGAGACAGACGGGAGGGCGCCCAGAGCAGGGGACAGACAGGGCCUCCCAAGACAGACAGACAGGCAGCCACAGUGGGGAGAGCCUGGGGACAAGAGUAGGGGGCUAGGGACCAACAGACGGGCAGGGAGACCCCAAGACCUCGGGCGCUCAGACUCGGGCUGGACCAAGCCAAGGAGGUGCAGGGAGAGGGGGCGGCUGCGUGGGGCAGGCUGCAAGCCCAGACGCGGUGGGGACACGGACGUGGGCCUCGCAGACCAGCCCCCGAGCCGUGGCUCUGCUCAGGGCUGCAGCGGGGCUCGGUGGCUGGGUGGCUUUUCGGGGAGCCCAGACCAGGGGUGCUGGCCUGACCCUGAGAUGGAGCUCAGGGACCCCAAGAAGCAGGAAGAUGGGGACCCGGAGGAGGACACAGCCACGGCCCUGCAGAGGCUCGUGGACCUGACGGCCUCCAGGGUGACCCCUGUGCGGAGUCUGCGAGCCCACUACCGCCUCAUCCGGAGGCUCGGCUCCGGCUCCUACGGCCACGUGCUGCUUGCCCGGCCUCGCCAAGGGGGUCGGGCCGUGGCUCUGAAGCUCCUCCCGCGGGCCUCAGUCUUCAGAACCACCUUCCUGAGGGAGUUCUGUGUGGGCCGCUGUGUGUCGUCACAUCCAGGCCUGCUCCAGACGCUGGCGGGACCGCUGGAGACCCCGCGACACUUCGCCUUCGCCCAGGAGUACGCACCCUGUGGGGACCUCAGUGGCAUGCUGCAGGAACGGGGCCUCCCAGAGUUGCUGCUGAAGCGCGUGGCGGCCCAGCUCGCAGGAGCCCUGGACUUCCUCCACGGCCGGGGGUUGGUGCACGCAGACGUGAAGCCUGACAACGUGCUGGUCUUCGACCCUGUGUGCAGUCGCGUGGCCCUGGGGGACCUGGGUCUGACCCGGCCCGAGGGCAGCCCCACCCCGGCGCCCCCAGGGCCCCUGCCCUCCGCACCCCCCGAGCUCUGCGUCCUGCUGCCCCCCGACACCCUGCCCCUGCGGCCCGCCCUGGACUCCUGGGGGCUCGGUGUGCUUCUCUUCUGCGCGGCCACCGCCUGCUUCCCCUGGGACGUGGCGCUGGCCCCUGACCCCGAGUUCGAGGUCUUUGCAGGGUGGAUGACCGCCAGGCCCCAGCCGUCCCGGCCGCCACCCCCCUGGGACCAGUUUGCGCCCCCAGCUCUGGCCCUGUUCCAGGGGCUCCUGGAUCUGGAUCCUGAGACCAGGAGCCCCCCGUUGGUCGUCUUGGACUUCCUGGGAGAUGACUGGGGGUUAAAGGGGAACAAAGAGAGAGCUGGGGGCUUGGGGAGCAUGUCCAGCGAGGGUGGGGAGGAGGAGGAGGAGGAGGAGGGCGGAGCAAGCCUAGAAGAGUGGUCAGAGGAGGAGGACGGUGACAGUGGGGGGAGGACAGGCACAGAUGCGGGAGAGCCCUGACCAGGUGACCGGGACAGGUGGCUGGAGCCCGGGCCAGAGGCCCCGCCCCCAGAGGCCCUGUCCCCAGCCCCCACAGCCACCUGCGUGGAGAGACCGCUGUGCCCUGGGAGAACGGAGAGCGCCCUGCGCCUUUCGCAACCGAAGGCUGAGCUCAGACACACAACUCCCCUCCCAGCUGAAGACCCGGGGGUCUGGAGCCCCCGGCCCCUCCUCCCUCAGACCCGGGGGUCCAGGCCCCAGCCCCUCCUACCUCCUCAGCCCGGGGAUCCAGGCCCCCGGCCUCUCCCCUCUCAGACCCGGGGGUCCAGGCCCCGCCCCUCCCCCCUCAGACCCGGGAUCCAGGCCCCCGGCCCCUCCUAUCCUCUCAGACCUGGGGGUCCAGGCCCCAGCCCCUCCUACCUCCUCAGGCCCAGGGGUCCAGGCCCCCGGCCUCUCCUCCUCAGACCUGGGGGUCCAGGCCCCGCCCCUCCCCCCUCAGACCCGGGGGUCCAGGCCCCCAGCCCCGCCUCCCCCCUCAGGCCCGGGGGUAUAGGCCCCACGCCUCCCCCCUCAGACCUGCCCCUCCCCUCUCAGACCCUGGGGGUCCAAGCCCCCAGCACCUGCCCCCUCAGACCCGGGGGGUCCAGGCCCCCAGGCCCCUCCCCCCUCAGACCCGGGGGUGCAGGCCCCCAGCCCGGCCCCGUUCAGGCCUGGGGAACCAGGCCCCAGCCCCUCCCCCUCUCAAGGACCCUCCCUCACCCUUCUGUCCUGUCUUCCGGAAAGGAGGUGCCAUGUCUCCCGCAUAUGCAUUUCUGCCCUGUGGGGAUGUGUUCCGUGUCUGUGGACCUCUGAGCAGUCACUCCUCUCCUCUAAGAUCUUAGUGGACGCCUGCUGACCACAGCUUUCCAGAUUCAAUACAGUGGAACCCUUACCUGC